AUGCGUCGCGUAAUUGAUCUCCUCUGGUCGCUGUGCUUAUCCUUGUAUGUCGCCAAUAUUUUGCUCCAUGCGAAAGCAUUUGCUAAACGAAACCCCAUCAGAAGACCACGUAGACAAAGCCUCCCGCUGCUACUAUCCCGCGUGAUCUUUGGUUUGCCCAUCAGCGUUGUCGUUGGUUGCUGGCUUUCAGUUUGGAUCGUCGUGUGGGAGUGCUUCCGUCAGCCUUUGUGGAGACCAACUAAAAUGACAUCAGCGGAAAACCUCACCGCAAGUGUCUCCCUGUGCGGUGGCGGCUUUCGUACUUGGUAUCACUUGGGAAUUUAUUGGGGUUUGUAUGAAUAUCUAGGUCUAGAUGUGGUGCGGAGGCUCGAAUUUUCUGGAGCAAGCAUCGGAGCACUAGUUGCAACUGUUGCUGCCUGUGGUAUUCACCCGGCAGAUAUCUGGGCCCAUAUUCCUGCCAUAGCGGAUGCAUAUCGCACUGCAUUUCUUGGGCAUUUCACCACAGUUGGGCAAUUCUGUCGUUAUUUGCUGCAUGCGUUACUGCCUGAGGACGCGCACCUGAGUGUGAAGGGUCGACUACAUAUAUCAGUAUCUUCACUGCUGCCAGUGCCGCACAAUAUAUUCCAAUCUGAUUUCGCUACUCGCGAGGACCUCAUAGAUGCUGUUAUUGCUGCACAGUACAUUCCGACCUGGACAUUUCCCGGAAUGUGCAUCUACCGCAACCAACUUUGCGUUGACGGGGGAGUAACCAAUAAUCUGCCGGCACUGUCUAAGGAUUCACUUUGCAUAGGUCUAGAUAUAGAUGACAUUCAUUCUUGGGAUGCCGAUUUGGUCCCAUCGCAGCCACUUGCGCGUGUCAAUACCUUCCUUCCUGCUAAUGGAAAUGAUCUGAAACGAAUGCUUGACUGCGGUAAGAUGGACAUAAUGGCUUGGUUCGGAACCGCGCGUGGGCGUAAAUUCAUAAAGCAAGCUGCUCGCAACUAA